GGGGAAUUAAAAAUAAAUAAAUAGAAGAGAGAGAGGGAGGUGGGAGCUCCGAAAUAAAGAGAUUAAUGGGGAGAGAGGAAACCGUGAGGCAGAAAGUGCUGAAAAAGAGGAAAGUGUAUAUAUCCUAUCCAGCUCCCCACAGAGAUGUCCUUUUAACACCACAGGGUGGAGAGGAGAAGGGAGAAGGGAAGAGGAGCAGCCGAGAGGCCCGGCCAGCUGCUGCCCGCCCUCCUCGUCCGUCUCCCGGCCGCGCAGAGGCGCUUCUUCCCCUGCCGCCUCUUCGUCUUCUCCUCCCUCGCUCGGUGCCAGGCGGCCCGGUCACCUCAGGCGCCUCCUCCGCCCCCCAUCAUCACCGUCUCGGAGGAUCCGGCCGGCCCGGGAAGGAGGAGGAGCGGGAGGCGGAGAGGAGAGGGAGGCCGGGGCUCUGACGCCCCACGCCGGCUCCGCCUCAGGCCCAGAGCGCGGGAAGAAGGAGGAGGAGGAGGAGAGGCCGGAGGUCUCCGUGUCGCGGUGAGGAGGGGGGGCUGUGUUGGGGGGGCGCCUGCCUCGGCCCUGUUUUUCUCUCCUCAGCCCCCCAAAAGAGAAGCCGAGGAGGAAGAAAAAGGGGAGGAAGAAGCGCCCCUUCGCAAAAGGCGAGGGGGGGGGAUUUGUUACCUCAGGCUGCCCCCAUAGGCGGCGCCACGAGGGGGUCGGGGGUGAGGGGCAAGCGAUCCCCCCCACAAACAAGGACCUACUACUAUUACUACUAUUAUUGUUUUAUUUUGUGGUGAGGGGCAAGCGACCCCCUGAACAAGGACCUAUUAUUAUUAUCAUCUGUGGAGAGGGGCAAGCGACCCCCUGAACAAGGGCUUAUUAUUAUUAUUUUUUGUGGAGAGAGGGGCAAGCGACACCCCCCCAAACAAGGACCUGAUAUAAUUUAUAUUAUUAUUAUUAUUAUUAUUAUUAUUAUUAUUAUUAUUAUUUUGCAGAGAGGGGCAAGCGAUUCCCCCCCACAAACAAGGACCUACUACUAUUAUUAUUAUUAUUUUAUUUUGUGGUGAGGGGCAAGCGACCCCCUGAACAAGGACCUAUUAUUAUUAUCAUCUGUGGAGAGGGGCAAGCGACCCCACCAAACAAGGACCUGAUUUUUUAUUUGUGGAGAGGGGCAAGCAACCCCCUGAACAAGGGCUUAUUAUUAUUAUUUUUUGCGGAGAGAGGGGCAAGCGACCCCCCCCCAAACAAGGACCUGAUAUAAUUUAUAUUAUUAUUAUUAUUAUUAUUAUUAUUUUGCAGAGAGGGGCAAGCGACCCCCCCCCCAAACAAGGACCUGAUAUAAUUUAUAUUAUUAUUAUUAUUUUGCAGAGAGGGGCAAGCGACCCCCCCCCAAACAAGGACCUGAUAUAAUUUAUAUUAUUAUUAUUAUUAUUAUUAUUAUUAUUAUUUUGCAGAGAGGGGCAAGCGACCCCCCCCCCCAAACAAGGACCUGAUAUAAUUAAUAUUAUUAUUAUUAUUUUGCAGAGAGGGGCAAGCGACCCCACCAAACAAGGACCUGAUAUAAUUUAUAUUAUUAUUAUUAUUAUUAUUAUUAUUAUUAUUUUGCAGAGAGGGGCAAGCGACCCCCCCCCACACAAGGACCUGAUAUAAUUUAUAUUAUUAUUAUUAUUUUGCAGAGAGGGGCAAGCGACCCCCCCACAAACAAGGACCUGAUAUAAUUUAUAUUAUUAUUAUUAUUUUGCAGAGAGGGGCAAGCGACCCCCCCCAAACAAGGACCUGAUAUAAUUUAUAUUAUUAUUAUUAUUAUUAUUAUUAUUAUUUUGCAGAGAGGGGCAAGCGACCCCCCCACAAACAAGGACCUGAUAUAAUUUAUAUUAUUAUUAUUAUUAUUAUUAUUAUUAUUAUUUUGCAGAGAGGGGCAAGCGACCCCCCCACAAACAAGGACCUGAUAUAAUUUAUAUUAUUAUUAUUAUUUUGCAGAGAGGGGCAAGCGAUCCCCCCCACAAACAAGGACCUACUACUAUUACUAUUAUUAUUUUAUUUUGUGGUGAGGGGCAAGCGACCCCCUGAACAAGGACCUAUUAUUAUUAUCAUCUGUGGAGAGGGGCAAGCGACCCCCCCAAACAAGGACCUGAUUUUUUAUUUGUGGAGAGGGGCAAGCAACCCCCUGAACAAGGGCUUAUUAUUAUUAUUUUUUGUGGAGAGAGGGGCAAGCGACACCCCCCCAAACAAGGACCUGAUAUAAUUAUUAUUAUUAUUAUUAUUAUUAUUUUGCAGAGAGGGGCAAGCGACCCCCCCCAAAACAAGGACCUGCUAUUAUUAUUUUGUUGUUACCCCACCUUUUCCCCCAGACAGGGACUCAAGGCGGCUUACAGAUAAAGAGAAGAGCAGCUACCCCCACUUGCCCCACUUCCCCCUCUAUUUCUCAACUCCUGCCGUUGACAUGUGUGCUGCUAUUUUUCUUUCUUGCCUGCCUAGAAGUGGCCUCACACCCCACUCCUAUUUCUUGGUGUCUCCACUGCUUCCCCGCUGCUCCUUUUCCCUUUUUUGUGGGAAAAGGUGGGGGGGGGGAGAGAAGAGAAGAGAUGACUGCUGUCUCUCUGACUUCCUUUCUCUCUCCUUCCAUUCUUCACCUCUCCAAGUAGCAAACUUUGUGGGGAAAUAAGGUAUGCAAGGCCAUAUCCGCCCCCCCCCCUCAAACAAAACAUUAUGAGGCAUCAUUGGGUGCAGGUUGUUUCGGAUUAAGUGGCAGCCAAGCUGGGAUCCCAGGAAUUUGGUGCCCUCCUAAGAGAGAGUAAGCAGGAGCCUGGCAACUCCUUGAGUGAAGAGUCACCGGUAUGGCUGAUACCUUUACAAAAGGUGUGCUUCUAAACAGUGUAAUCCAAAGUAUUUGCACUACCCAUGUCAUUGCUUCUUGUCUUCUUUGUGAAAGAAACCCUCCUAAUGUUGUGAUGAUGGUGAUGAUGAUGAUGAUUUAUCGCCUUGCAUGUAUGUCCCACUGUGGUUUUUGCAUUUACAGGACUAUACGCUUUCACUGCAGGUCACUGAAUCUGGAAUUGCACCGCUUUUACCUCUACCUCAAAUCACUGGCACCGAUUAGGAAACCGCCCAUUUGGAGAUUUCGUCGAGGGGCUGCUGACGGAAGAAAACGUAAGCAUAACAAGACAAAGGAAGGAAAGGAGUCUAAUAAUAGCCAAGCCUUCAUAACAUACGGAAUAAGUUAUUGACUUUUUCCUAUCCUAAAGAAUUGUGUCUGUGGCAAAAUGAUGAAAAAGGACUAAUACAGUUGUCCAUAGUAUAGUAACUGAGAUUCUUUAUAAUGACAUUGCAGUCUGUAGGCAUUACUGUAUAUGUUACCGAGAUGAGCCCCGCAACCCUAGAGUCGUCCGUGACUGGGCCUAAUGGUCAGGGGUCCCUUUACUUUUACCUUUACAUACUACUAUUGCCUCUCCACUUCCCCAUUCACACACCUCCAGCCUAAAAUUAGGUAGUAAGCUUCUACAGGUAAUCUUUUGGCUGUGUUACACUGUAAAAUUUCAUGCAGGUUAAUGACGUUAUAUUAAAAAAUAAAAAUAGUUUGAACGUAAUUGUAGAUUUGGUGAUUUUUGAACUCAAAAACCGGUUAAUCACUUGUAAUUGUUUUGCUUGAAGCCCUUUUUAACUUUGUAACCUAGAUAAAGAAUAUGCCUUUGUCACAAAAGCCAAUGAGAUACGGCCACACAGAAGGUCACACAGAUGUUUGCUUUGAUGACAUUGGGAGGUAAGUGACUGAGGGCCCAGUUGCAUGUGAUUAAUGUACACACACACAAUGUAUGUAUAUGUUGGGGAUGGGUAACUUGUGGCCCUCCGGAUGACUCACAACAUCACUAGCCAUAUAUAUAAAAAUAUAAAAAUUGUCUAGUAGCACCUUAGAGACCAACUAAGUUUGUUCUUGGUAUGAGCUUUCGUGUGCAGUCCCAUGGACUGCAAGAAGAUCAAACCUAUCCAUUCUUAAGGAAAUCAGCCCUGAGUGCUCACUGGAAGGACAGAUCCUGAAGCUGAGGCGCCAGUACUUUGGCCACCUCAUGAGAAGAGAAGACUCCCUGGAAAAGACUCUGAUGUUGGGAAAGAUGGAGGGCACAAGGAGAAGGGGACGACAAGAGGAUGAGACGGUGGGACAGUGUUCUCGAAGCUACCAGCAUGAGUUUGACCAAGCUGCGGGAGGCAGUGGAAGACAGGAGUGCCUGGCGUGCUCUGGUCCAUGGGGUCAUGAAGAGUUGGACACGACUAAACAACAAGGUGGUGCUACUAGACAUUUUUUUUUAUUUUUAUAUAUAUUUCUACUGCAUCAGACCAACAUGGCUACCUACCUGAAUCUAGAACAUCACUAGCCAUUGGCAAUGCUGGCUAAGACUGGUGGGGUUUGGAGUCCUGCAACAUCUGAAGGAUCAUAGGUCCCCCAUUCCUGGCAUAGAUGGCAGGAAGUGAUUGUUAUUGGCUUCCCACAGUGUUUGUUUCAUGUGAAGAACAAAUAAAUGACUUCAUAAUUCUUAAGACCCAAAGAUUUUUGUUUAUGCUAUGGGUCAAAGUGAUGUUGUGCCUUUAUUGCCUAUCCCAUCUGAAUGACGGCUGCCAGAUUACAAGGGAACUCCAGCAUUGUGUGGAACUGAAUACUCCAUUGACAACUAGGAAUAGUACAGUCAUGCACAGAUGGAUUUGCAUGAUCUCAGUGCAAGCAGAUUCUACAUUCAUCUUUUCUGCCAGGUGGCACAGUAGUGAAGAGCAACAGAGGAAUGAGGACAAACUGUCAUGGCCUGGUGGCCAAAACAGAUGCACUUAGCCAGGGUGCUGUCCUUUUUUAGAGUGAUGUAGUUUGAACUCCGCAAAAAUGGAUUUCAUUGGUGCCAAAUUUAUAAGAACUGCCCUCCUGGAUCAGGCUCAUGGCUCGUUUAGCUCAUCAUCCUGUUCUCAGAGUGACUGACCAGAUGACUGUAGGAAAUCCGUAAGCAGGACCCGAGCACAACAGCAGUUUCCCCUUUGUAGUUUCCAGCAGCUGUUAUUUAGAAGCAUACUGCCUCAGACUAUGGAGGCAGCACAUACCCGUUGUGGCAAGUAACCACUGAUAGUUAAAUUCAUGAGGGAGGAAGCAAUUUGCCUACUAUGCACCAUUCGUUUAAACCACAUGACUUCAGCUAAAGAAUCCCGGGGACUGCAGUUUGUUGGGAAUUGUAGUUCUGUGAGGGUUUCCCAGGAUUCUUUGGGGGAAGUCAUGUGGUUUAAUUGUAUGGUCUUGCUGCCCAAGGUUGGGUUUUUUGCAUGUAUUCAAGAUAUUGCCUCUUUCCUUAUGCCUUGUUUUAUCACCAUAAUCUAUAAGGUUGAGAUGUGAAGUAGUCACCUGAAAUUUAGUAGGACACCUCAUCUUUUUACAGUGUCAUCCAUAGUGACUGUUGACACCAAAGCUAGCACCUUCCUCUUGUGAUCAAUUUACAGUCGUACUUUGGAUUCCGAAUGCCUUGCGAGUUGAAUGUUUUGGCUCCCAAACUCCGCAAACCGGGAAGUGAGUGCUCUGGUUUGCGAGCAUCCUUUGGAACCCAAACGUCCCGACUCGGCUUCCACGGCUUCUGAUUGGCUGCAGGAGCUUCCUGCAGCCAAUUAGAAGCCGCGCCUUGGUUUCCGAACAUUUUGGAAGUCGAACGGGCUUCCAGAAUGGAUUCCGUUCGACUUCCGGGGUACCACUGUAGAUUGUUUCUGAGGAAUGAAAGCGUUUGCAAAGAAACUUCCGUCACUGUUUCACUUUAGUGAAAACUGUGAAUAAUUUUGAUACAGUUUCAUACAUGUUUGUGUAAGAUUGAUCUUGUUUCUUUGAAUAGCUGUAUUGUAACUUGCGGCAGUGAUGGAGAUGUCAGGAUUUGGGAAAGCCUGGAUGACAAUGACCCCAAGUCAAUUAACGUGGGAGAAAAGGCCUACUCGUUUGCUCUCAAGGUACUGCAGUUAUGAACUAUACAGCGGGAACGUGGAGAUAUUCUGGUUCUUCCAGUAUGUGUGCAGGGCUCCUUUGUAAAAGUGGUGUCAUCAGAUAGGCCUUGUGCAUUAGGCAAUACCUACAAUGAGGUCAUUUUCACAGCUGUGCUUUAUUCUGAUUGGAAGUCAGCAACCUUUGAGCAACCUGUUGCUUCUAUGCAGUGUACAGUGGUGCCUCGCAAGACGAAAAGAAUCCGUUCCGCGAGUCUCUUCGUCUUGCGGGUUUUUUCGUCUUGCGAAGCAAGCCCAUUAGCGGUUUAGCGGAUUAGCGCUACAGUAUUAGCGGCCUAGCGGGUUUAGCGGGCUUAGCGGAUCAGCUGAUAAGCGGCUUAGCGAUCAGCUGUUAAGCGGCUUAAGGAUCAGCUGAUAAGCGGCUUACCGAUCAGCUGAUAAGCGGCUUAGCGAUCAGCUGUUAAGCAGCUUAGCCGAUCAGCUGAUAAGCGGCUUAGCGAUCAGCUGUUAAGCGGCUUAAGGAUCAGCUGAUAAGCGGCUUAACGAUCAGCUGAUAAGCGGCUUAGCGAUCAACUGUUAAGCAGCUUAGCCGAUCAGCUGAUAAGCGGUUUAGCGGCUUGGGAAAAAGGGGGGGAAAAGGAAAAAACCCCCGCAGGAACUCGCAAGACAUUUUCGUCUUGUGAAGCAAGCACAUAGGAAAUUCGUUUUGCGAAGCACCUCCAAAACGGAAAACCCUUUCGUCUAGCGGGUUUUCCGUCUUGCGAGGCAUUCGUCUUGCGGGGCACCACUGUAUUAUGUUAGGAUUGAAUAUAGUCACUGACUUGAUUACCUGUGACGUGAGAAUUAUGACUAGGCACAAAAGCUUUUGUAAAUUGGAACAGCUGGUUCUCUUCAUUCACCUAGGCUGUCUGUGCUACAAAUUGUUUGUGUGAACUCGUUAGACAAGUAAAAACUUCUGGUGUAGCAACUUUCUUUUCAGUGUUGUGCAGGGUGUUCAAAACUGCUUUCUUGAUUGAAAGAGGUAUCACUUAUCAUUUGUAUCGUCUGCUGCAUGGCUAGGCAAACUAAGGCCCGGGGGCCAGAUCCGGCCCAAUCGCCUUCUCAAUCCGGCCCACGGAUUUUUACAUGAGUAGAAUGUAUGCUUUUAUUUAAAAUGCAUCUCUGGGUUAUUUGUGGGGCAUAGGAAUUAGUUCAUCCCCCCCCCCCCAAAUAUAGUCCGACCCCACACAAGGUCUGAGGGACAGUGGACCGGCCCCCGCUGAAAAAGUUUGCUGACCCCUCGUCUUCUAUUUUAACAUUAGCAGACAGUAGAUGUAUUUAGAGUUGGGCGGAAUGUUUCUUGAAACAAAAUAAUUAUUUUAUGUUUCUUGUUUUGAUGGAAAAAUAGAAAAAGGUGAGUAAAACAUUAGCAAUACAAAUCCAUAUGUUUGGCAUCAGCAACUCCUUUCUGAAACAAUAUUUGCACUACAUUUUAUUUUGCUAAUUUAAGUUGGGCUCUUGUUUCAGAGUUUAACAAGACUUUCUUCAUUGCAGUAUUAUCAUUUUGUUAAAUUUGAUACUCAGACUGCAGUUUUUAAUAACAGUAUUUUAUUCGUGAAACCUUGCCCAAGUCUGCCCUCUUGUGAAUACAGCAAGUUAAAGCAACUCAAUUGAUACUUAUAAUUGAGAUUAUUAUUAUAAGCCUCAAACGAGACUGCUAUUAUAAGAAAAUCACCCCCUAAUUUUUUCAAAUCUUUAUCUUUUAUUAAAGGUUGCUUUUGCUGUGCUUGUGAAUUUACCUGGCUACUUAUAACACUGUCAGCAUUAAAGUUAUUGUGCUGUUAUGUGUUUGCUGUGACAGUUUUACCAUUUCCCUCUUACCAUUUUGGCCCUGGGACUCAUGUUUGCUGCCCCCAACUUCAUGUCGUUACUGAAUUUGUGCUUCAGUGGCUAAUCUGCUACAGCAUCCAAUUAUAGUACGUAACUAGACCAGGCAUAGGCAAACUUGGCCCUCCAGAUGUUUUGGGACUACAGUUCCCAUCAUCCCUGACCACUGGUCCUGUUAGCUAGGGAUGAUGGGAGUUGUAGUCCCAAAACAUCUGGAGGGCCAAGUUUGGGGAUGCCUGUACUAGACUGCUGCUUGCUAUUCUUACGUGGAAAGUAUUUUGAAGAGGUAAUUUUACAAUGGUUGUUAAUUUUACAAUUGUGCAUAUAUAUAUGGAUUUCCCUAGAAAUAGAUUUAACUGUAAUUUGUAAUCCAUGCAACGACAUUCCCAAGCCCAUAUUUGCCAAGGGAACAUAAAUGGGGGAGGAGGAAUGGCCUCUCCCCAGUCUCCACCCUGGCCAGUCUUUGAGCCCAGCUGAGUAAUAUGGAUAUUCACCCUGAAGUGUAUUGACAACUUUAUUAGUACUGAAAAGGGGAUACCAUCAAUUUGUCCCUUGACACCGGGACAUCCCCAGGGGAAUUGAAGGAGGCAGUGGUGAGCCCGCUCUUAAAAAAACAUCGUUAGAUCCUUUAGAUCUAUCCAAUUACCGCCUGGUUUUGAAUCUUCCGUUCCUGGGUAAGGUGAUUGAGAGAGCGGUUGCUGAACAGCUUGGUGGGUUUCUGGAUGAAACAUCGGCUCUGGAUCCAUUCUAAUCCGGCUUCCGCUUUGGUCAUGGGACCGAGACGGCUCUGGUCGCCCUAACAGAUGAUCUCCGUAGGCAGCUGAAUCGAGGCGGGUCGGGGCUGCUGAUUCUUUUAGACCUGUCAGCAGCCUUCGACAUGGUCGAUCACGAACUCCUGGACCACCCGCCUCGCUGGCGUGGAGAUCCAGGGCACAGUCCUUCAAUGGCUGCACUCGUUUCUCUCUGGUUGGGGACAGAAGGUGGCGCUGGGGGGGGGGACUGUCAUCGUGCCACUCCUUGGUGUGUGGAGUGCCGCAGGGUGCAAUACUCUCCCCGAUGCUUUUCAACAUCUUAAUGUGCCCCCUAGCCCAGUUUGUCCGGAGUUUUGGGUUGGACUGCCAUGAGUAUGCUGAUGACACCCAACUCUAUCUUUUGAUCUUUUGACACACUGAUCAGAUGUUUGGAAGCUGUGGCUGGAUGGUUAUGUGGGAGCCGGUUGAAGUGGAAUGAACUGCUCCUGGAGUCAGUAGAUGUUUAUUUAAAUCACCUGACCCUCCCAUUGCUUUAUUUGUAGAAUGGAAGAUUGAUUACGGCAGUCUCUAACAAUACUGUCCAGAUCCAUACAUUCCCAGAGGGUGCUCCAGAUGGUAUCCUGACACGCUUCACAAUGAAUGCAAACCAUGUAGUUUUCAGUGCUGAUGGGAGCAAAGUAGCUGCUGGAUCCAGGUAAUUUGACUCUGAAGUAGAAGAAAAAGACACACAAACGGCUUUCCCUAUGACUUUUGAAUACCAGCAACCUUGGAUAGAAGACAUUGUUUUAAUAUUCUGUUCAUGUAUGAUAGGGAAAAAGUUUGCAUGCUCUGCUGAUUGUAUUUAAUGUUGGGAUUGUUGCAAGAACAUUGUAUAUUCUCUCUACAUAUAAUUGGCAUUCCCUUGAGAAAAACCCAUCAGCUUUGCUCAUAGGAAGCUGUCUACAUUCUUGCACUGAUCUGGUAGAGAAGUGAGUCUGGCUGUACCUAAUUUAAUGCAGGCUGCAGAAGAGUAUGUACGAUAUAAGUUAUCACUUUACUGAGUUUCUGAAGGUUAGCUUAAAGCACUCCUGCCGACUUUUACUGCCAUUUUUCUACCUCUUGCUCUUGUUAUAAGCAUUUGCAGGUGAUAUUUGUGGAGGUGGUUCUCAAGAGUCCUUAAUUGUCAUUUUAAAUUAGAUCAAUUUGUUGUAAUUGCCUUGAGGGGCUCAUGGCAGGAAGACAAUUUGUCAGAGUUAGUAGUUCAUCAUAAUCAACAGUUUUAAUAUGCAUUAUGAAAAUGGUUUUUAUGUCUAUAAUGUUUGAUAACACAAAUGAAUCUCUGAAUUGCAGAGAUUCAACAGAGGUUAACUUUUUCUCUGGUAGAAUAAUUGUGUGUGAUUGUGUUAAGUGUGCCCACACUUGCGUAGAAACCAUGCAGUGCCUUUUAAAAAGUACAUCUGCACUGUAAUUGUAAUUGAAUCAUUUCUAAAUGGAAGAAAUACAGCUUCAUUUAUUCCAAUAAAAGUUAGAUUUUCAAUUUUUCAUUAUAUAGCACAGCUCCUAAUAGUAGUAUUAUGCUUAUCCCUAGUGACUUCCUGGUGAAGAUUGUGGAAGUAACUGACAGCAGCCAGCAAAAGACAUUUCGAGGACAUGACGCACCUGUUUUAAGUGUGUCAUUCGAUCCAAAGAACACUUUUCUGGUAACAACUUUUCCAGUGGACAUUUUCUUCUCUUGUCUCUUAAAAGUGGAUCACACAUUUUAAUUAAGGUGGUUUUUGUAAAACCUCCUUAAUGAAAUAAAUUAAUAAUUUAAAAAUUCAAAACUAAAAUUACUUUGUGACAUAUAUAGAGCACAGAAUAACCUGCAAAGCUAUAUAACUAUGACUUUCAGCAUUCUUUGGGGAGAGACACGACAGUCAGAUGUUAAUAAAAAGUUUAUAGUGUUCAUUAUCACUUUUUAAAAAUGAGAUUUUGUCAUGGCUUUGUAAAUACUCAACCAUUUCUUUUAAGAGUGCCUUCAAACAAAAUAUUUCUCUCAUAUAUGUGUGUGUGUGUGUGUGUGUGUGUGUGUGUAUAUAUAUAUAUAUAUAUAUAUAUAUAUAUAUAAUAUAUAUGAUGUGGCACUGGCAAAGUGACUUCAUGAAAUUGUAACUAUGCUAAAAAGUAGAAAAGAUAAUAUGAAAAUCAAAUUCAGGCUUGAUUUUUUCAACUAUUCUUUCCAACACUUGAUAGGAAAACAUCAAGCGCACCUUAAAGGCUAAUGCAUUUGAAGACCAGUAUGUCCAUGAAUGUUUGAUUGCAUAAUAUGUUUAGGAUACUGUUUGCUGCUGUUUUCAAUGUAAACCUUAAUGCAGUAGUACUUUGCUGGUUGGUCAGAGGCUAGUGACUUUAAAAAUGUUUCCUUGCACAGGCAUCAGCAAGCUGUGACGGGUCGGUCAGAGUAUGGAAAAUUUCAGAGCAGGUAAAAUGCCACUUCUUGGAGUUAAACCAGGAAUUUUACCACAAGAGAUGCUUAAGUAGGUUUUUAAAUUUUAUUUCUCUCAUGUCUGCAUUGACCUCAUACCAACUCCCAUUGUCUGUAUUCAGAUAUUAACGCUUUCGUGCUCUUAGAAAAACUGCCCCCUUCUGUGUUUAGUGCAAGAGGGCCCAUGCCUUCUGGAAGAGAGUGUUUCUUUACAGGAAAAAUGGUCACAGGCUACUCAGGCAACCAAGAACCUAUACUGUGAAGACAGCAGGUUCAUAGAGUACAUAUUUACCAAAUCAUUCAAAUUUAUGGCUUGUCCUACAUAUCAUUUUCCGCACCAGCCCUGUUCAGACAUUUUAAAGAAACAUUCCAGUUAAGGAUGGAAGUGUCUCCAUUUCACUUCUCAAAGUUUGAGUAGCAGUAUGUAGAGAUACUUAACUGGCAUAGUUGAAGACCUUUUUUUUGAUUCUCCCAGGCUGUGGAUCCACAGUGGCUAUCUGUCCUUCCUUGGGUGGGGACUUAUAUUGCACCCCCCUUCAUCUAAAACUCAUCACUUUUAAAUAAAAAAAUAAAAUAAAUGUCCAGUAGCACCUUAGAGACCAGCUAAGGAUCUGAAGAAGUGUGCAUGCACAUGAAAGCUUAUACCCAGAACAAACUUAGUUGGUCUCUAAGGUGCUACUGAACUUUUAUUUUAUUUUAUUAUUUAUUUCGACUGUGUCAGACCAACACAGCUAUCUACCUGAAUCUCAUCAUAUUUAGAAAAAGUUCAUCUCAAGAUGGAUAACCACUAUUAACUUAUUUUGCUUCCAGAGUUGUGAGACAAACUGGCCAUUGCUGCAGAAAUGUAAUGAUGUGGUGAAUGCAAAAACAAUAUGUAGACACGCGUGGCAACCCAAAACAGGAAAGGUAACAAGUUGUCUUUAUGUGUUUUAAUCCGUGUGUGUGUGUGCAAAUUUGGAAAAGCAAUGGGUAGGGAAAUGUGUUAGAAUCUCUUCUUUUCAAAUUGUUGUUCCUCUGAAAAUCAACCUGCCCUGAUGCCACUGUGCAGUGGAGAUGUAGCAGCUGAGUGUUUAGAAAUCCAACAUGUGGAACAAUGGCAGAGCCCUGCUCAGGAUUAAGGAUGGCGAAUGUUGGUGAAGGUGCUGCUGUCGUAAUCAUAAAUGCUGUGUCUUCUAAGUAAUGCAGAUGCAGAGAGUGGGCAACAUAUGAAAUGGCACAAGAACCUCUUCCCAUACAAUAGAUGAUCACGAUUAAUUACAUUUAUUGGUUGCUCUUUUCACAAAGCAAAAAGGGCAACCAAAAGUAACUUAUAACUCUUGCUAAUCUUUUGCUCAGAAAAAUCUCUGGCCACCUCUGUAGCUUCAAAUUUGGGAGGAAGGGUGGCUACUUGUCAUGUUUGCCAGAGGGCAGUGCCACGCUUCUCAUGGCAAGCAGCAUUGUGGAAGACUGGUACUCGGUAUUUCUGCUGUAAUAUGCAUGUGCUUGGCUGAUUUCAGACAUUUGUUGGAUCAGUCUCCAUUGCUUCUGAGGGUUUGCAGUCUUAGCCAUGAGAGCUGUCCUGCUUUUUCUGACUCAGAUUGUUGCCACAGGCUGGCCUCUCGGCUUUGUUGGAACAGGACGGAACCCAUACAAUGCAUUCUGUGUUCUGUGUACAAUGCUCUGUGUCUAGUGAGUUCCUUCCAAAAUGAACGAUGCAUCAGUGCUUGCUUAUCAAACAUCAUGUUGUUUUUAACGGUGUUCUUUUAUUGUUUUACUCUGCCUUGAUAUUUUAUGACACUGUGGCUUAAAAAUACUUUUAUAACUAAAGCCACAAAACGAACUCAUUUUACAACUGAGAUUUGCUGGGAAACCUAGUCAGAUGGGCGGGGUAUAAAUAAUAAAACUAUUAUUAUUAAAAACAAAACAUUUCCCCCUCUGAAUAGUUGCUUGCUGUUCCAGUAGAGAAAGUGGUUAAACUAUACAGACGAGAAACCUGGGAUCAUCAACUAGAUCUGUUGGAUAAGUCCGUCACACAGGUUGGUAUCCGCCAGGUGCUUGCUAUUCAUUCUGUACAUAUUGUAAGCUAGAGGGCUUUCCUGACACAUGAAGGAAGUGCUGGCUAUCCAUUGUUAAACUGAUCGCUCCCGGGUGGCUAUGAUAUGCUUUUCUAAAUGAGCAGUCUACCUGCAGGGAAUCCUGUAUCUCCUUACCUGGAAGAGUAAGUCUCAUUGAAUUCAGUGAAACUUACUUCUGUGCAGACCUGUAUAAUAUUGUGCUGCAAACAUCCUUGGGAUAUAGCAGUUCCUCUUUGGAAAUCUGAUACAGUAUUAGUGGUUGUACCGCUUGCUGAAAGGAGUCUACUUGCUCUCAAUAUCCUGUGCAUACGUAUAAACAGUUCAUUGCAAAGGUACUGUUCAGUUUCAAGUGCACUCAGGCAUUGACUCUUAACCAAAGGAAACGAGGCCCAAUAGUCCUUCCUACAGAUAGAUGCAUCAUUGUUCAGGUAAGCACAGAGUGCAGAGCAGAACAAUGGAAUGUGUUGGUGCUGACCUUUAAAGCCCUAAACGGCCUCGGCUCAGUAUACCUGAUGGAGCAUCUCCACCUCCAUCGUUCUGCCCGGACACUGAGGUCCAGCGCCGAGGGCCUUCUGGCGGUUCCCUCGCUGCAAGAAGCCAAGUUACAGGGAACCAGGCAGAGGGCCUUCUCGGUAGUGGCACCCGCCCUGUGGAACGCCCUCCCACCAGAUGUCAAAGAGAAAAAUAACUACCAAACUUUUAGAAGACAUCUAAAGGCAGCCCUGUUUAGGGAAGCUUUUAAUGUUUAAUAGGUUAUUGUAUUUUAGUGUUUUGUUGGAAGCCGCCCAGAGUGACUGGGGAAACCCAGCCAGAUGGGCAGGGUAUAAAUACUAAAUUAUUAUUAUUAUUACUGUGGGAUAUUAAUUUUCUUUCCAAAUGUUAGAAUUGUAAAAUAGAACCUGACAUUUCAUAGGACUGGGCAGUGGCUGUGGCAACUGGAAAUAGUUUCUCAACUUUCAUAUUUAUAUAAGAUACAGGGUGGUUUUUUUCCCUUAAAUACAAGGCUCCUCAUCCCUGGCAAGGAUGAUAAAUGUAAAGUUGAAACGAGUGCCCAGUAUCUUCAUACAUCUGUUUUGUCUUUCAGUUUGCUUAGAAAAUCCCAAUAUAGAUGCUUUCUUUUCCCACAAAGAAUUAACAAUCAGUACAGUUGCUUGGUGCCCAAAAUGAAAGUGAGAUUGUUCAACGUGUUCUGCGGUUAAUGACACAUCUUUAUUUUUUUCUUUGUCUACCCCCACCCCCUACCAGCCCUUCAAUGUUGUAGCCUGGUCUCCGUGUGGACAGUAUCUGGCAGCAGGAAGUGUUGGUGGCUGGAUAGUCAUUUGGAAUGUGGAGACCCAGGAGUGUUUGGAGAGGUGCCUGUAGUUUUCAUAAUGUGUCUUGUAAAGAUGAGCUUCCACAAAGUGGAACAAUUAUUAAGAGAGCAAUUGGGAGCCACAGGUCUAUAAAAUGAACAUUUGGCCCUCUUAAUAGCCUAGGACCCUCGUACCUACGGGACCGCCUCUCCCGGUAUGCCCCACGGAGAGCCUCAAGGUCCAUAAAUAGCAACACCCUAGUGGUACCGGGCCCUAAGGAAGUUAGAUUGGCUUCAACCAGAGCCAGGGCCUUUUCAACACUGGCUCCGGUCUGGUGGAAUGCUCUUUCUCAUGAGACCAGGGCCCUGCGGGAUCUGAUUUCUUUCCACAGGGCCUGUAAGACAGAGUUGUUCUUCCUGGCCUUUGGCUUGGAGCCAAUUUGAUUCCCUCCCCCUCUUUCUUUUUUCUUUUUCCUUUCUCCUCCUGUGAUGAGGCUGCAUUUUAAUAUUUCAAUGUUUCAAUAUUUUAAUUGUUGUAUUUUAAUCUUGUUUUUAAGUUGUAUUCAUUCAACUUGUUUUUAUUAUUGCUUGUUAGCUGCCCUGAGCCCGGCCUUGGCUGGGGAGGGCAGGGUAUAAAUAAAAAUUAUUAUUAUUAUUAUUAUUAUUAUUAUUUUGCUUACCUUUGGUUUAAUCUAGAGGUGAAGCAGCUUAUGACAGGACAGAUGCCUGCCUUGUUUUCGUUGGGCCAUCUCUGUCCAUUCCAUGCAACCAUAACUGUUAGUCUCUUUGUACUGCAGUGCUCAGUGGUGUGGAUUUUCUGGAAAUUUUUGAACUGGGAUUGCUUUUGGGAGAAAAAAUCCUAUGUAAAUUAGGGCAACUUGCAUUGGGUGAAAAAUCCCGAUGCCCUAGAGCAGGAAUGUGGAAUGUCAGGCCCAUGGACCUAAGACAUUCCUCUGUACAUAUCAGCCAUGCAAACUGCAAACGGCCCACAUUAAUUUUUAGCUGGGUGUUGGGCCUGCUUGGGCAUAGUGGUGUGAGUUGCACAGACCACAUGUGAUUCAUCUGUCUUAGUAAGAACCAAUUAGAAUUGUUCUUAACUACAUAUGAUUCAGAAGGACAUAGCACAUUGAGAAGAUUUGAUGAGCUCAGGAGGACUAGUGUGUAUGUUUCUCACUUAAUUGAUUACAAUUACAGUAUUAGGAUUCAUACAUGGCACAGGGUCUUUUCACAGGGUUCUUGUGUUCUGCUGUAGUGAUCUUUGCUAAGCCAAGAAUGAUUUGUCCAAGUCCUGUGAGCCAAACAAUUUUUUUCUGUAGCGAGGGUUUAACAGAUUGUGAUUUUAAACCUGCACAGAACACUGGUUUUUCAUUAUUUUUUAGGGUGAAGCAUGACAAAAGUUAUACCAUCUGUGGUCUGGCUUGGCACCCAAAAGGCGGGCAGGUUGCUUAUACGGACAUGGAAGGCAAUCUGGGACUACUUGAGAACGUUUGUGAUGUAGAUGGAAAGAAAUCAGACCACAAGGUAAUACAAACCGGAAGCUUUCUUGGCUUUUUCGGUAUCCUUUACCAUCAUGGAUGGUAAUCUUUAUCCACUCAUGUAAACCUGGAGUUUGGCAGGCUUCAGGAUAAAACGUGAUGUUUUCUUGAUGGCACUAUGUGGAUUUUAUGACAGUAACUUUUAAACCAUGGCUUUAGGCAUCUGCGCCUGCUGUCAAAGAUUACGACGAACUUUUUGAUGAGGAUGACGGCGAGGACUUCCUGAACAGAGACUCGGUUGGGGAUGACUGGGGUUCCAAAGCAGCGAGGAACAAUGAAGAUGACGACGACGACCCCAUGAUGGCAUCAGGCCGUCCCAGAAACCGAGGGGCAAUAAUAGAGGAUGAUGAGAACUCCCUAGGUUUGAAUUUCCCAAAGCAUGGAGUGAGGGGGCAGAGGGGACGAACACUGCAGGAACUGCAGACACAUUGUGGAUGCUGCCAACUUGGCUCACAAUAUCCUUUGGUUGGGGGGGUGGAUGUUGCAAGAUUUUUUUAAAAAGCUCUUGCCUUCCUAAGCCACUGAUACAAAGCUAUCUAUCUUGCAUAGAUACUGGAUUGCUGAAAGCUAACUCUGCCCUUGAUAAGGAGGAAGAAGAGGACGACCAGGAAAGCCUUGCGCCGCUGCUGCCACUGUCAUCAACCCAGAGGCCUUUCUACGAUGGGCCAGUGCCAACUCCUCAGCAAAAGCCCUUCCAGCCUGGCUCCACUCUGGUUCACCUCACUCACCGCUUCAUGGUGAGUUUCAUUUCUUUGGCUGAUUUAAAAUAAUAAUAAUAAUAAUAAAGUUGGGAAAAGGCACUCUUGGCCAUCGGUCCCACCUCAGGAUCCAAGAGUGAUACUGAACCGAGAAGUACCCCCAGGCUAUGCGGCUGAUCUUGCAAGGGAGUGUGAUGCCACCCAAAACAGUACCAGUUCCCAGAUCAAUUGGUCCCUUGAUCAAUUGUUGCCUCCUUUUAAGGGGGAGUGGGAGGGGGAGCGGUCUGAGUUCUUUUUUCUUUUCUUUUUGAAAGCAGUGUAUAUCUACAUAGGCUGCUGUUGCACAAAAAAACCUCCCAGAAAGGGUAUGUGUGCGCACCUCACAAUGCCUGAAUGGGGGUGUAAAUGUGGCUUAAGAUUUCUUUGUGAGUAGGAAUGACUCUUCCCUGCCUCUUCCAAGAAACAAGGUGAUGGGGUGUUAUUCCACAGAGAAGUGAGGGAAGGUAAAUAAACAGAUUUCAGUAGAUAAGGUACCAUUGCCUCUCUUUACAAGGAGAGAAAUGAAAAAAGAAAUGUCACAGCAGCAAGCAACUUGCCUGGUCUCUCAGACAUUGCCCCUGUCUUGCUGUUUGGAGUAAUAAACCUGCAGCCUAAACUCUCUGUGUAUAAUAUUGGCCAGCAUUUAUCAGAUCAUUUCACAGCAGACAUUGGAGUCCUCUCUUGGGCAUGUGGUAUUGUCAUCCUCCUUUGCUUUUUGAAAUUUCUUCUGCCCUCAGCCCUUUAAACCAAACAUGUCAAAAUAAUCAGCCAGUUGUCCCCAUCUAAUUAAGGGGGAAAUGGAGAGAGUAUAAUUUUUAUUUAAGUUUUUGUAUGCUGCCUUUCAAGAAAAGGAUUGCAAAGCGGUUUCCAAAAAUCCAGCAAUAAUGUUUAAUAAUAAUAACAGAAAUAUUUUAUUAUUUAUACCCUGCCUGCCUGAUAUUUGUGUGAACAUUCUUCUUCUUCUUCUUUGGCAAUCACUCGUAGCUGAGUAAGAUUGUCUUCCAUAAACACGGUUUUAACAAUGAGUCCGUAAGUGACUGUGGAGGCCAAUUCUGGAUCCACACAUCCUUCCAUAGUGGGGACAUUGGUUUCCGGGCGGGAGUUGAUAAUGGUGAGGGUUUGCCAAGUGUGCCUUCCUCUUAGCACGUUUCUCCCUUGCGUCCUGAGUUUGAGCGUCUUCAAAGUUCAUGACACCUUUGGUAAAGGCUGUUCUCCAACUGGAACACUUUCAGGCCAGUGUUUCCCAGUUGUCAAUGUUUAUACUACAUUUUUUUAGAUUUGCCUUGAGACAGUCUUUAAACCUCUUGUGUUGACCACUAGCAUUACGUGUUCCAUUUUUAAGUUCGGAAUAGAGUAGUAGCCUCUGCUAGAGUUAGACCAAGUGACCUGGAAUCCAUUCAGAGUAGAAAGCAGGCUAUAUGUUGAAGGCUAUAUGUUGCUUUUCUGAAAGUAGUGUUACUGUUGACGUUCCUCCCAUAGGUGUGGAACUCUAUUGGUAUUAUUCGCUGCUAUAAUGAUGAGCAGGACAACGCCAUUGAUGUGGAAUUCCAUGACACGGCCAUCCAUCACGCAAUGCACUUGCCAAAUUCUUUGAAUCACACAAUGGCAGCCCUUUCCAGUGACGCUAUUUUGCUAGCCUGCGAGAGCACAGAGGAGCUAGCGAGGUAAAACUUAUUUUAAUGUUUCUGUGAAGAACACAACUUGUUAAAAAAAAACACCCAUUACCAAACCUAUUUUUGGCAUGACAUGGGUUUACCUGUAGUGGUCAUGAUCAGGAUGAAUGGAUCUCAGAGCUGUUGUUAGUGCAACAUCUCUUGGAGAUACUGUUACCGUUCGUUCCGUGCAAAACCUCAAGGGAACAGCUGAGGAAUGAAGAAAAGGUGGAGCUGAUAAAUGAAAGAAGACUUACAAAUUAAUGAAUUGGUUAUCAGUUUUCCUAGCGUGUUUUCAACUUGUAACAGUACAAACCAGCAUUCUGGUUUAAUUUAGUCUCCAACAAAACUGCUACUAUUGCGUGAAGUCCCCCCCACCCUGAAAAACAUGUUCAGCAGAAAGACUCUAGUCUGAACAUCCCUAAUUACUUCUUGUUUUUUCUUCCCCACUCCCCCCUCGCUUUUUCCCAUUUUCAGCAAGCUUCACUGCAUACAUUUUAACUCCUGGGAUUCCAACAAGGAGUGGACAGUUGACAUGCUGCAGAAUGAAGAGAUUGAAGCGGUUUGUUUGGGCCAGGGCUGGGCUGCGUGUGCCACAAGCACCCUUCUCCUCCGCCUCUUCACGAAUGGGGGAGUUCAGAAAGACAUCUUCAGCCUCCCUGGCCCUGUGGUGUCCAUGGCGGGACACGGAGAGCAGCUGUUGGUGGCUUUUCACAAAGGUGAUUUCCCUGGCAGGCUUCUUUUUCCUGUUUAAAUAUGUUUGUUUCCUCCCCACCUCCUUUUUCACUGCAAAAAAUGUUUCAAAAAAUGCCAUAGAAGCACCAUGCUUUGAUUUUGAUGGGAAAAUGUUGAGUAUGUUAAUUUAGUUGCAUUUCUAAAGUGAGCCGUCAUCACAUGCCCAACGACUUCCAUUUGUUUGUAAUUUUACUACCGGCUUUACACCACCCGUCUCUCUUGACACCCCUGUCUUGCCACAAUGAAGUUUAGGAUUCAUUGGAAUUGUUUUAGGAUAAUGAGGGUGAAAGCUGACAGUAUCCAUCUGCUAGCUGAACAGACACGGUUGACAGGAUGGAUUCUCUUCUCCUGCACAGACCCCACCCUUCAGGUUGGGGAACCCUCCUUAGCAGACUUGGGGGAGAAUGGGGUGGGAGGAUGGAAGGCUGUGGUGUUGGGGGGAAGAGGAGAGAGGAAAGAGAAGUCCUGCCACAAACAGCCACUUAACAAAAUAUAUCAUUUAAUUCAAGUAAAUUAAAUUAACUCUGGGCACCACAGUUCAAGAAGGACACUGACAAACUGGAACGUGUCCAGAGGAGGGCAACCAAAAUGGUCAAAGGCCUGGAAACGAUGCCUUAUGAGGAACGGCUAAGGGAGCUGGGCAUGUUUAGCCUGGAGAAGAGGAGGUUAAGGGGUGAUAUGAUAGCCAUGUUCAAAUAUAUAAAAGGAUGUCACAUAGAGGAGGGAGAAAGGUUGUUUUCUGCUGCUCCAGAGAAGCGGACACGGAGCAAUGGAUCCAAACUACAAGAAAGAAGAUUCCACCUAAACAUUAGGAAGAGCUUCCUGGCAGUAAGAGCUGUUCGACAGUGGAAUUUGCUGCCAAGGAGUGUGGUGGAGUCUCCUUCUUUGGAGGUCUUUAAGCAGAGGCUUGACAACCAUAUGUCAGGAGUGCUCUGAUGGUGUUUCCUGCUUGGCAGGGGGUUGGACUCGAUGGCCCUUGUGGUCUCUUCCAACUCUAUGAUUCUAUGAUUCUAUGAUUCUAAGUAAGACAAAAACCAGAUGUCAGAUGGCUGUUGCGGUUGCUCAAGAGUAACCAGGCAGGACUCCCAACCUGUGUUUUACAGGCUUUAUUUUGGUGCAAACUAUUUACAGUGAAGAGCCCCAAAGCUCAUGUCUGGCUCAGUCGCUAGCAGAAUCCGGGAGUCGUCUCUUUUUGGACCUUCCCCCAACAUAAGAAUUUCAUUACCCCCAAACGUCUCCUCCCCUCUCUGCACCUCAAACUACUGCGCAGGAUGGGCGAUGGCAAGGGCGUGUUUCCCUCCUGUCCGGCCUGCCCAGAAGCGGUGUUUAGGCUCUCACUAGCGUCCUCUGCCCCUUGCACCUCUUCCCCACUGGAGGUGGGGCUUUCCUCCACCCCAGAAGAGGAACUGCGUCGCAAGAUUUCCGGAGGCUCCCUGUAACACAACUGCCCUUCUAUUUCUCGCCUCUGAGCCUAUGGCAGUUCCCUGACACCAACAAUUUAGCAGACAGAAUAAAUUCAAUAUUAUAAAAGGAAUAACCGAGACUUAAGAACUUAGAUAUUUCUGUGAAUGCUUAAAAGUUAUCCAGGGGAUAGAAAUUCAGCCAGGUCCUUCAGGUGCCCAGAAAAUGGCACACCGACAGAGCAACUUCCAGCUAUCUUCACCCACCAGCAGCAGCUCCUUUUCUGCAACUUCCUUCGGUCUAGAAUUAAUUGCCCCCACCCCUCUUGCUUUUAUAGGUACUGGUUUUGAUGGGGAUCAGUGUCUUGGGGUGCAGCUGCUAGAGCUGGGAAGGAAGAAGAGGCAGCUUUUGCACGGUGACCCACUUCCUCUUUCCAGGAAAUCCUAUCUCACAUGGCUAGGAUUUUCAGCAGAAGGUAGGAUGGUUCGCUUCUCUCCUUUAUUCUGAGAUGUGUCAAUAUCAUUUUCCGGGGGGGGGGGGAGGGGAUGUGCAGCAUUGUGUGACAGACUCCCCAUUCCUCUACUCUCCCCCACAGCCCUCUCACGCCCCAUCAAUUCUAUUCUAGAAGUUCCUAUGAUCCUUUAUAUUGAGGGGGUGGGUGGGUACAAGGGGGUUUGCAAGCAGAAGAGGAAGUCCCAUUGCACAAGUGAAAGUUUGUUCUGUUAGUGGAUAGACAUAACAGGAUACAGUGUUACCUCUGGUUACGUACUUAAUUCGUUCUGGAGGUCCGUUCUUAACCUGAAACGGUUCUUAACCUGAAGCACCACUUUAGCUAAUGGGGCUUCCCACUGCCGCCGCUGUGCGAUUUCUGUUCUCAUCCUGAAGCAAAGUUCUUAACCCGAGGUACUGUUUCUGGGUUAGUGGAGUCUGUAACCUGAAGCGUAUGUAACCUGAAGCGUAUGUAACCCGAGGUACCACUGCUCACCGGUUUGGAUCCUAAGUUUCUCUUCAUGAAAGUGAGAGGAGCCAGUUUCCACCACCUCCUCUGCAGCCAGCUGUACUAUAUUCCAAAUCAUUCCCAAAGGCUCCCCAGGACAAGUGGGAAGGGGGGCGGGAGGGAAAGCCCAAAGCCCUGGUCCAUGAAUGUGAACUCCUUAAUGUUCAGACCCUAUUUCUGCAACUGUAAUUUGUUAUAGCAGUUUUUAAUAGUGAGUUUUGAAUGACUGCAGCCCUUGGACCUGAUGGUGAAGGGCAGGCAAAAAUCUGAAUAAAAUAACGAUACUGAUGAGUGAAAGGGAAGUUAGGGUGCAAGUUGUUAUCCCUAAGGGCUGGUUUACAAGCUAAAUUGGUCACUGGUGUUGUUGAAGAUGCCUGCAGCCUCCUAAGACAGGCAUAGGCAAACGCGGCCCACCAGAUGUUUUGGACUACAACUCCCAUCAUCCCUAACUAGCAGGACCCAGUGGUCAGGGAUGAUGGGAGUUGUAGUCCCAAAACUUUUGGAGGGCUGAGUUUGCCUAUGCCUGCCCUAAGAGGUGGAGAUGCCUGCAACGUCCUAAGCAGGGAAGUUCAGCAUUAUUAGUGAACACCCAGAUCUGUGGAGAUGGAUCUGGGCAAGGAGCUUUUCAAGAGCAUCUCUAAACUUGAGGAGGAUACCAGGGUGGGGAAGGGGACCUUUGUGAAUGACAGGUGGCUAUCCUGCAAGAGUAACAUCAUUGUCGCUGUCUACCAGCUUAAAAGGGUCACUGAUACUUGUGCACUUGCUUGCUCUUGAAGAUUGCAAGGGGACGUGGCUGUUAAAACUGAAUUUCAACAACUUAGUUACUACAAACUACCAGAAGGUGGUGCCAUUUCCAAAGUUAACAGCCCCUGAUUCUCUUCAAAAUGUGCCAUACUUUUUUUAUUCAGUAAGGCAGAGAGGAGUGCUGCACUUAACAUCCUACCUGUAGCUCUUAUGCAUCGGCUUCUGAGAGAACCCUCAAAACUGCACUGUGUGUGUGUGUGUUCCUGAUUUUGUAGGUACCCCUUGUUACGCGGAUUCAGAGGGUGUCGUGCGCAUGCUGAACCGAGGACUUGGUAAUACCUGGACCCCAGUCUGUGACACAAGGGAGCACUGCAAAGGGAAGUCAGAUCACUACUGGAUUGUGGGCAUUCAUGAAAACCCACAGCAGCUCAGGUAGGAAGUUAGAGUUUGCAUGGCUAUACAACAGAAAAGCACGUGAAUAUUCAGGUGGUUUUGUCCAAAGCCACCUGCCCGUUUAUCCUCUGCUGCUUUCUGUCUACACCUUCUCCACUGCUGCCUGUUUAGUCCAGGCCCCUCCAGCUUAAAUUUCUUAGGUGGGAAGAGCUCUGUGUGGAGCUGCUAGCAAUGAAAGCGUCUCUUCCCCUUUAAACAGCCAGCUGUGCAACUAAGGCUGCCCUUAAUUGACUUGCUUUGGUUUACAGUGGUACCUCGGGUUACAUACGCUUCAGGUUACAGACUCCGCUAACCCAGAAAUAGUACCUCGGGUUAAGAACUUUGCUUCAGGAUGAGAACAGAAAUCGUGCUCCGGUGGCGCGGCAGCAGCGGGAGGCCCCAUUAGCUAAAGUGGUUCUUCAGGUUAAGAACAGUUUCAGGUUAAGAACGGACCUCCGGAACGAAUUAAGUACUUAACCCAAGGUACCACUGUAUUUUUUGCUACCUUUCCACAGUGAGCUGUCCCCAGCAGUGACCUUCUAACAGCAGCUAGCUAACAAAGUAUGUUAAUAAAUUUAAGUAAAACAAAAACCUCAACAGUUUGGUAGGCAGAAUAAAUUCAAUAUUACAGAAGAAAUAAUCCAGACUUAUGUACCUUCAAAGUGGAAAUACAGUUAAUAAACAAAGCUCCAGCUGCUGGAGAAGCAGAUCUUACUGCCGCAGGCUGCUCUUGCCUUCAGUGAUGGUAUUGCCACAACUACCAUCACCUUAGGGCUGCCCUGAAUCUCCUCUUUUACUGCAGACACCCUGCAGAUAUAGAGCGCAGCCAUACAUGGUCUCGAUACUUUUAUCUUUUUCUUCCAAUGGUUGCGUUAUUUCCCCCUGAUAAAGCUAAGCUUGGGCUCACUGCAGCCACUCAGGGAGGCAUCUUGCUGUUAUCUGUGGACUUGGCCAAUUGUACAGAAACGGCACGUUCUUCUGCUUCCCCCAUCGAGUCAUUCAUUUCUAGGGAAACUAAUGAAAAGCCCCAGGAUACGUCUGGGUUGAUGAAUGCAAGUCACAGUCAUUGUGGUUUUCCUUCCUCUUCCAAGAAAGAAAAAGACAGAAAGUGUGUUAUUUAAAUACAGGGUUUCUCUUUAUAUUUAUAUUUUUAAAAUAUAUCACCCAUGAGAAUGGAUGUAUGAAGGAUUUGAUUGUACUAGUGUAAUUGAAUGGGGCUAAAUUUUUAGAUUUAGCAAAUGCUUUUUUGGAGUUUUGUUCUACUCUUUGUAAUAUGUUACUUUUUAAAAAUAAAAACUAAUGCAUGCCAUUUUUCUCCCCUCUGAUGUGGGAGAGUACAGAAACUGUCCCUCCCUGACCUGUAGACUGAAGUGGUAAAAUGCAAGAAAAGCUGUACCUUUUAUUUAUUGUGCUGUGAGUGCAUGAAUUGCUCCUUUAGACAGAGCCUGCUGGUGUGGGGAGAGAGACACUGCUUUUAGGUGUGCAUCUUAAUUCUGUGCUUCCCUCCUUGCAGGUGCAUCCCUUGUAAAGGAGCCCGUUUCCCCGCUACCCUUCCCCGUCCGGCAGUAGCAGUGCUGCCAUUCAAGCUUCCUUUUUGUCAGACAGCAACAGAUAAGGGCCAGAUGGAGGUAGGGAAAGUCAACAUUGGUUUGGUUUGCUGGCUGUCCUGCGUCUGUGCCCUCUUGACAUGUGUGUCCAGAUUAUUAAAGCAGCCCUUGCAGCGUGUAUGUAGUCAGAACUUGGGAUUUGGUCCGUAGAUCCAUAUUGGAAAAGGGGGUUUGUUAACAACGACAGUGUUAUUAAUGAAAGCAACAUUAUGGUUGUUGUUAUUUAUUGCACUUUUCACCCUUCAUACGUUUGGAUCCCAGGUGAAAAAUAAUAACCGCAUAAAACACAUACGUCAUAUGAUAAAUAUUAACAUAAAAACCGAUUGCGGUCAUAGACAAAUUCCUUGCAGCAGCCACACAUAACAAAUGCUGGACUCAAAAUAAUACCAAGCACCAAAAACUGAAGGGAAAACAAUAUAUCUUUAUUUGGAGCCAGAAGACUGAAGACCUAAAUAAGGGAUUGCAGUUUGCUUCCUUUUCUCAGACCCAUUUUGUAUGGUUUUUGCUUUGUCUGUAUUGCAUGGAAGUGGAGCACGUGAGUUCCUUGAGUAGUUUAUCUGACACGUCGUUUAAUAUAAAACACCUCUGAUGCAAAUUAUCUCUGUUGUGAAGAAAAGCACUGCAGAACCCCUUGGUCUUAUCUGUGGGGCUCGUCAGAAACAUUUGUUGAAUUCAUGUUUAAAUUGCAUGUAUUGACCAGAAAAUGUGCAGAAGCUCUGCCCGUAGUUGUAUAUGUGUGUUUGCAUUCAUUCGUUCAUUUAAUACACCACUGUGUUGUAAAAGCCCUCAAAGCGGUUUACAUGCAUCGCAUGUGGAGGGCAUGCAUUUGUGUGCUUGUUUAUUGUAAGUACUAGAGCAAUCUCAGGACCUUGUUAAAUUCCUGCAAAUAUCAGGACCUACAAAUGGUCCUGAUUAAACAGCAACGUGUUGAACUGUGUCCCUCCCCCUUUCUUUUUUCUGCAUGCUUCAGGAGCAAUUUUGGCGUUCUGUCUUGUUUCACCGCUACCUGGACUACUUAUCCCAAAAUGGAUAUGAACACGAUGAAAGCGUGAAAAGCCAGGCAACCCAAGAACAGCAGAAUCUCUUGAUGAAAAUGUUUGCAGUAAGUGAGGGAGGUUCUCAAUUCAAAAAGCAACUACAGCUCUUGAAGCAUUUUGAUGUCACGCUGCUUAGCAAAAUAGCAUUAUUUCUUUGCAGCUUGGGAAUUUGGCUGUGACCCUUUAUUAACCCCUGAAACAUACAAAGGGCGUUUAGGCUUGAGCACGCACUAUUGCAAGAUCUAGCUUGCCAAGAAGGCUGAUCGCUGAAGAAUGCAUGCUUUUGAAUUAUGGUGCUGGAGGAGACUCUUGAGAGUCCCGUGGACUGCAAGAAGAUCAAACCGAUCCAUUCUGAAGGAAAUCAGCCCUGAGUGCUCACUGGAAGGACAGAUCCUGAAGCUGAGGCUCCAAGACUUUGGCCACCUCAUGAGAAGAGAAGACUCCCUGGAAAAGACCCUGAUGCUGGGAAAGAUGGAGGGCACAAGGAGAAGGGGACGACGGAGGACGAGAUGGUGGGACAGUGUUCUUGAAGCUACCAGCAUGAGUUUGACCAAACUGCGGGGAGGCAGUGGAAGAGAGGAGUGCCUGGCGUGCUCUGGUCCAUGGGGUCACGAAGAGUCAGACACGACUAAAUGACUAAACAACAACAACAACAGCUUGCCAACACACAUUGUGUGGUCUGAGCGUGGGUAGAUAAUGCAGAUAGAUCUGCUUAAUCAACACACCAGUCUUGUGGCUGGGCAGUGCCAACACCUCUGCUAUUCCCAGGCUGCUGCGAAGUCCCAGGUGGGCUGGCUGUGACUGUAGCCACAGCUGCUGCAGUGGGUGGAACCAGAGGUGUCAGGGAUGGGGGCAAGGCACAGCGCAAACUAUGUGGAAUGGGAGGAGAAUGGAGAAGGGUAAGGAGGGGCUGGAUCAGAGAGGAAGAAUGUACCUGGGGGCUAAAGUGUGAGUAGCUAAUGCCUAAGAGCAGGAGGCUUUUAAGAGAGGAGCCUUGCUGAGCCAGGAGAAAGCUAUGCCAAGAGAGGAACUUGUCAUGACAACUGCCCCACCCUUUGCUGGUGAAGCCUCAGUAAACUAACCCCAAUACGCCAUAGUUCCUUGGUCUGCAGUGUCAUAGCCCCAGAACUUUGCACUGCCCAUUACUGUCUUGUCUCCUGUACAGUUUUAAAAUGUUGAGUUCUACUUCCUAAAUUAACAGUUUUCAAAGGCAGUGUAACUCCAGUAGCAGGCUGGUUCCCACCAAAGUUACUGCUUUUUAAAAGAAUGACCACAGGCAGGUGGCUUUCCCAGUGACAGGGAGGAGGAUAUGAGUACAGUGGUACCUCCGGUUGCGGACGGGAUCCAUUCCGGAGGUCUGGUCGGAUCCUGAGGUUUCCACAACCUGAGGACCACUUCUGCGCAUGCGCGCGCAGCAAAACCCGAUAAAAUGCUUCCGGAUUUGCCGCUUUCGCAUCCCGAAGUUUAUGUAACCAGAGGGUUACUUAACCGGAGGUACUACUGUAUAGCUUUUGUUCUCUUGAUUUUACAAGAGAACCUUCCGUUGCUAAACACCACGGGACUUUGUUUCUCUUUUCCCCUUUCGUACGAAUAGCUUUCCUGUACCCUGGAACGCGAGUUUCGCUGCAUGGAACUUGCAGAGCUUAUGACUCAGAAUGCCAGGAGCUUAGCUAUCAAGUACGCCUCUCGCUCUCGGAGGCUGAAUCUCGCCCAGCGGCUCAGUGAACUGGCAGCAGAGAGAGCAGCUGAGUUGGCAGCUGCUGAAGAGAACGGCAUUCAAGAGGAAGAGGAGGAGGAGGAAGAUUUCCAAAACCAUCUGAAUGCUGGGUAAAAAGAAAUUCCAGAGUGACACUACAGUUGGCAGACUUUUGCAGUGAAGGAGUUGCAGGGACCUCAUUCAUCACGUAGGCAUGUACUAGUGACAGAUAGUGAGUGUGGGCAUUUGUGUGGCUUGCAGUCCCAUAUUCUAUCUGCCAGUGCCUGAAGUUUGGUGGUGUUCCUUCCCUGUCAGUAUCGUGGAUAAUGGGGAGCCUUUAUACUGGUCCUCAACCCCUGGACUGAAACAAUGCUUAAAAAGGGAAUAGGCACCAUUUGAGAGCCAGUGUGCUGUACUGGUUAAGAGCAGUGGACUCGUAAUCUGGUGAACCGGGUUCGCUUCUCCGCUCCUCCACAUGCAGCUGCUGGGUGACCUUGGGCUAGUCACACUUCUCUGAAGUCUCUCAGCCUCACUCACCUCACAGAGUGUUUGUUGUGGGGGAGGAAGGGAAAGGAGAUUGUUAGCCUCUUUGAGACUCUUAGGGUAGUGAUAAAGCGGGAUAUCAAAUCCAAACUACUACUCUUCUUCUUCUUCUAUGAGGAACAAAUUUUCUAUAAAAAGUGAGAUACGGCCAUCUUUUUAUGGCUUGAAGUUGAUUCUUGCGGAGACUGGGAUGUUUCACAGACUGGGGAUGUUCUGGAAGCAAGAGUUAAGCUUAUCUUUCUCUCCUAGGACAGAAUAGCAUUUUGAGUGUAAAGGUUUGAACACACACAGACACACACACAUACACACACACACAUUUACCAAGGGACUGUGUGAAUAUACCACUCUUAACCCAUUGCCUGCACUCUUUCCUCCUUUCUCACAUGAAUUUUCUUCACUAUUCACCAUUUUCCUUAAUAGUAGAUAAGGGUUGUGUGUUGGCAGUGACCUUCGCUAGAGUGUGCUUUUAACCAGAGACUUGUUGUUAGCUCUAGGACAGUCCAUUAAGGUGCUGUGCAACAUAUGUUACUCUUCUUUAUAUUUUCCCUGUAUCCUCUCCGUCCUUUUAGAAACCUCAGAGUGAUUGAUAUCUUCUUCCAACCACACACACUUAGAUUCAUCAGUGGUACAGCACUGUCUAUUCCUUUAUUUUGGUGGCAGGGUGUGUAGUUAUCUUCUUCUUUUUACCUAGGUAUGCAGUUUUAAGAUAUUUUCUAGCAUGUGACCUAAAUCAGUUGUUGUUUUAAUCUUACUAAUGGCCCAGUGUGUUACAUGUGUGGCAGCUGCCUCUUAUCUAUCUGUUUAUCUAAAUAUCUAGCUAAAUGAGUAGACUGCUGAGUUCAUUUAUCUGCUUUCAGUUACAGUAGCACCCCCACAGAAUCAGGUCAGGCCCGGAUCAGAAACCUUCAACGUCAGCAAAGUAUGGAGAGCUACGAGGAAGAGGAGCAGGAGAAGGAGGAGGAGGAGGAGGAAGGCACAUCUGAAGUGACAAAACCUAGUAAGACUGACAGAUGCACACAAGUAUUCAGGGCAGAAGGCUGUAUAGUUGUCACAUUUCCCAGGUCCUGAGGAUGGGUUGUUGAUAAGAGCAGACAAAUAAUGCAUGACAGGCUCCUCAAAGAAGAACUAUUUUCUGGGGCUUAUUUUUCUUGAUUCAUUUUCCUUUUUAAGGAAGGAAAAGCUUGCUUCUCCUUUCCCUCAGUAAUCAAAGUAGCAAGUAGGGUCUGUCUUCUGUGUUUUCUAGCUUUUAGCAUUUUGUAGCUCACUUACCAUCUAUUUUGCUUAGCUGAUGUUCUUAACUAGGACUAUAAUACAGUGGUGCCUCGCAAGACGAAAUUAAUCCAUUCCGCGAGUCUCUUCGUCUUGCGGUUUUUUCGUCUUGCGAAGCACGGCUAUUAGCGGCUUAGCGGCUUUAAGAAAAAGGAAACAAACUCGCAAGACGUUUCAUCUUGUGAAGCAAGCCCAUAGGGAAAUUUGUCUUGCGGAACGACUCAAAAAACGCAAAACCCUUUCGUCUAGCGAGUUUUUCGUCUUGCGAGGCAUUCGUCUUGCGGGGCACCACUGUACAGCACUUAUUCAUGGUUAACCUGGAAGAUGCCUCAAAUUUCACUCCUCUUCUCGUGUUUGCACUUACAUAUACACCAUUUGUCAUAUCUUUCUGAAGGACCUCCGCCAAUCUCUGAAAAGGUGUCUACUCCCAAAUCUGGUGAGUCAAAAGGAUUAUUAUUUUCUAGGCAAGGAAAAGAUAUUCAUGGUUGUGCCGGUUUGUGCAACUUUUGGUGUCAGCUGCUCAACUGCAAUUCCUCACCUUUUGUCAAACAGCAUGCUUGCAUCACUUAAUUCUGAUGUAAUAAAUUGGAACAGUUCCUCUCCAGUUCCCACUGUGCACUCCAAAUCAGCUGUGAGGAGUUGGGGGAUUGCGUGGAGCAUGGGGAGAGGCGGCUUCAGGCAAACCUCGUUUUAUUGUGUUUUGCUUUAUUGUGUUUUGUGGAUAUUGCUCCUUACCGGGACAUGGGUGCCACUUCAGGCAGCCCAGCCAGGGGAAGGAAGCUCCCCGCUGCUGCCCCUCUUCUGGCCAUAGGAGUAGACUAUGGCUGGAGCUGGGUUUUAUUGCAAUAUUAGCUUUAUUGUGAUGGUCUGGAACCGAACCUGCAAUAUCGCUGAGGUGUGCUUAUAAAUAGAAUCCCAUGUAUACAGCAUUGAAUACAACCCUAAAAAUAAAAAACACAUAACAUUAAUUAAUAAAGCACUUCUGUAUAAGCAGGCCCAAUUAACUAUCGUAAAUGAAAACAAUUACUGUAGUUCCUUUUCCCGAAAGGCAUACACAGUGUUUCCUAAAGGUUUUCAUUGGUGGUCUUCUCCCCUAUCGCUUCUCUCUCCAGUAACAAAAGCUGCAGUUGUUUCCAGCAGUCAAAAGCGAGUCAAUCCCUUCAAGGUGAGAAUUUGGUGGUUUUAGUUCACUUCAAAUUUUAAGUAAAAUGUGUGAAGAUUGUCAGAAAUCCUGAGCGAUGGAAAGUAAGGGUUUUUUUUUUUAAUGUUUUGCUCCACUAGGUAUCCAGUAGCCAAAAGGAUCAACUGGUUCAGCUGGCUAAUAUCAUAGACAACAUGACCAAACAGGGCAAGAAAAAUUCCAUGCCAAACAGCCGAGUUGCUCCAAACAAGAAGAGUCCAGUUAUAAAACCGCUGGUUCCUAAGCCGAAGUCAAAGCAGGUGAGCUUCGUGUUGACUUAUAGUUGCGUGGUCAAAAAGCUAAGACCCUGGCACGCCUAUUGUUUUGCUUUUCAAUACAAAGAAACAGGAAGUAGGUGAAGAUAAAAUACAUACAAACAAACAAUAAAUGCACACACACACAAAGCAAAAGAAAUGCUGUCUCACUAACUUCUUCUGUCGUAGUUAAUAAUGCAUUUAAAACUGUUGACUGGGAGAAAAAAAUAUCUAUAAAGACACACUUUCAAGGGAAAUGUUUUAACAUCAAGAGAUGGGCGCCCAGAGUAUUUUAUGGUCUGAAAUGCAUAAAUAAUACAUGUUCACUGUGAAUUUUAGGAAUCUGUAUCUAAUUGUAUAGGCUGCAGCAGCUGCAUUUUUCCAACCCCGAAAACCUAACACUGAAAAGAAGAACAUAGAUGAGAGAGGAGGGGGAACUGAAGUACCCCCACCUGAACCACCUCAAACUCCGACUGAGAGCAGUGACAAUAAAAGGUCAGUGUCCCAGGAAGGCAGUCUUUCCCAUUGCCAUUGUGGGGUGGCUAAUCCAGAAACCUCCCUGGGCGUUCCAAAAGUUCCACUGCAGAACAUUUCAGAAUCCCUUUCUCCUCCUCCUCUUCUUCUUCUUCUUCUUCUUCUUCUUCUUCUUCUUCUUCUUCUUCUUCCUCCUUUUUUCAAGGCCAAAGACUGGGUUCCAGAUGUGGCUAGAUGAGAACAGAAGCUGCAUUGGGGCAGAUAAUCCUCAUUUUGAAGAAACAGAGAUAAUAAAAGAAGGCAUGAGUCGAUUCAGAAAUCUGUCUGCUGAAGAAAGGAUGGUAAUGGAGUUCCGCCAUGGAAUGUUCAUUUGCUUCUUCUAUAGAAAUCCUUCCCCCGCCCCCCUGUUUCCUUUCCCCAUUCCUGGGUUCUGCGGCUUUUCCAUUGCCUGCUCCAGCAUUGUUACCAUGCCCCAGAAUGAAUGAACUUGGAGGUAGCUGCGUGAAGCAUUAAUCUGCAUGUUUAGCACAGUAUGGCCUAUGUUGUGCCAUGCCAGGUGUGUAGAAGCUCAGACCCUUCAGAUGUUGCUGAACUACAACUCCCAUCAGCCCCUGCAGGCAUGGGGGUGGGGUAGCUAAUGUCGCAGAAGACGUAAUCGGGAUUCAAUGUGACUUUAGCAGAAUGGAGAACUGGGCCUAAGCUAACCAAAUGAAUUUCAGUAGGAACAACUGUAAGGCAUGAAGAACCAGCUACACAAAUAAAAGAUGGGGGACACCUGGCUUGCCACUAGUAAAUGUGAAAAAGAUCUUGGGGUCUUGGCAGACCACAAGCUUAACAUGAGUCAACAGUGUGAAAUCACCCAGUGAGCUUUCAUAGUAGAGAUCUGAACCUGUCUCUCUCCAGGUCUAGUUCAGUGCUAAUCACUACAACAUGCUAACUAUAAUAUUUGCACUGCACCCCCUGAUCAACAUCUCCCCAUCUUUGCUGCAGUUGGAAAUCUGGUCUAGGGGUGAUGCCUUGAGAGAAGCCAGGAUGCAGCAGCCAGGCUCUUCUGAUCUUAUUUUGUUAGGAUUCAGUGCUGGUGAAGAAGUAUCCCAUUCCACAGAAUUCAGUGACACUGCACUUUACAUCUGAAUAGCUGAAUAAUGGCAAAUCCCUGCUACAUUAGUUAAUUGGUUUCCUCCCCUGCCCUAGGUUUGGACCGAGAAAGCCAAAGGAAAAGAAGCUGGCGAUUCGUCGGAAGGGAAAAAGCGGAAGCGCUUGGAAGUUGUUAACAGUGAUGGGCAAGAAGGCCAAGGGAAAAAAUCAAAGGAGGACACAAGCUCGGUCACAAAACCCAGUUCCAUUCAGGAGUCUGCCAUCGCAAAGCUAUCAGCAUUUGCCUUUAAGCAGAGAUAAACCAGCUUGUGCUUUUCUAAGGGUACCUUGUGGGUUAACUUUAACCUAUUGUUUGAACCAGCCUCCAAACAGGUGUUGCCCUUUUUAUGUCAUGCCACACAUUUAGUUGGUCCCAGUAAGCCAAAUCCAAAUAUUCCUGGCAUGAGACCUGUUAUUUCAAUAGUGCACCGUGUUUCCUUUGGGACUGCACCAUGGCAGUAGAAAGCGGCUAUGGCCAAGGAGAAAAGGCAGAGAGUCCGUUCCAUAGAUGUCCACUGUUCCUGCUUGACACUGUUCUUCUGACCUUCUGUUUUCCACUACUUCUUUGUUGCUUUUCCUUUUUAAGUUACAGAAUGUGUGAAAGCCUUUGUUAGGCUCUGGCACUUUGGGGGUUUGCCUGUCCUGCAACGACAGCCUUGUGAGCUUUUGACUUGACUCACCGUGUGCUGAUAGGUGAGCGGAGAACAGUGGAGCCAUCAUGCAACCCCAUUUCCCACCCAGCCAUGUUGAAGAAGAAUCAUUCACCCCACACCCAUCUGGUUUGUGUAACUUUCCCCCUGAUCUACGUAGGAAAGGAAUGUAGGAGAGACUUGUCUCUUAGGCCGGGGUAGCUAGCGCAGUGCCCUCAAAAUGUUGCUGGACUCCCCAUUGGCUCCAUCCAGCCUAGCCAGUGAUCGGGGAUGAUGGGUGUUGUACUCCAACAACUUCUGGAGGGCAUCAAAUUAAAUACUCCUGCCUUAGGCAUGUGAGCAUCAUCGGGUAUAUCUGAGUUCUGCAUAGCAAAUGUUUUUCUUCCAAAUGCUGGAAUUUUUGUAUUUUUAUGUAAUGGUUCUACUAAAUAAAGUGGUGACAUUUGUAUA